GCGCCAUCCUGAAAGAAUGCCUUCACUGUAAAAAAAAAACAGAGCGAGCGAGAGAGAGAGAGACAGAGAGAGAGAGAGAGCGAGAGAGAGAAGAGAAGAGAAGAGAGAGAGGGAUUGCUACACAUAAACACGCAUAUCUGAUCAUUGAGUUUCAGCUUCACUCGCAGUCAGAUUGUAUUUACCCAUCUCUUGCAAACACGGUUGGUCUUUUUGACAUAGCAACUGGUUGUUGCAGUUGCAAAGUUUUUUUUUUUCUGGUUUAGGCUAAGUUGCAAAACAAACAAACAAAAAGUAAUAACAAAACUUCAAAGUGCUAAGGAGAACUGCGGAAGGUGAUCAUAGACAGUCUACCUGUAAGAAGAAACCUGUGGAUUUAACAUUGCACAUCGCUGGACUGAUACACUUCGCCUUGUUAUCAUUUUUUGUGUAUGAAAGUUUGGUAUUAGAAAUGGAAGUUAGUGCGGAUCAGCCUCGGUGGAUGAGCCACCACCACUCGGCGGUACUAAAUGGACAACACCCAGACUCUCAUCACCACGGCCUGGGUCACUCAUACAUGGACCACUCGCAAUAUCCUCUUGCAGAAGAUGUGGAUGUACUUUUUAAUAUAGAUGGACAAGGCAACCACGUCCCGUAUUAUGGAAAUUCAGUAAGAGCCGUCCAGAGGUAUCCUCCUCCGCACGGAAAUCAGGUUUGUCGCCCACCACUCAUCCAUGGUUCUCUGUCCUGGCUCGAUGGAAGCAAAGCCUUGGGGUCGCACCACAGCACUUCUCCAUGGAACUUGAGUCCCUUCCCCAAGACUUCGCUGCAUCACAGUUCCCCAGGAGCACUCUCAGUUUACCCAUCAGCUUCUUCAGCAGGCCAUUCCAGUCCUCACCUCUUCCCCUUUCCUCCAACACCCCCUAAAGACGUCUCCCCAGAUCCAGCCAUUUCUACACCAAGCUCAAGCAGUUCCGGUCGUCAGGAUGAAAAAGAGUGUAUAAAGUACCAAGUAUCCCUAGCCGAUACGAUGAAGCUGGAGUCAGCGCACUGCAGGAACAGCAUGGCAUCAAUAGGAGGGGGGGCAUCAUCAGCUCAUCACCCCAUCGCAACUUACCCAUCCUAUGUCCCUGAGUACGGCCCUGGCCUCUUCCCACCAAGUAGCCUGAUAGGUGGGUCAUCUUCUAGUUAUGGUUCCAAAACAAGACCAAAAACAAGGUCCUGUUCAGAAGGUAGAGAGUGUGUAAACUGUGGAGCAACGUCAACCCCUCUGUGGAGGAGAGAUGGCACUGGUCACUAUUUGUGUAACGCCUGCGGACUCUAUCACAAAAUGAACGGGCAGAACCGACCCCUCAUCAAACCCAAGAGAAGGCUGUCUGCAGCCAGAAGGGCAGGGACGUCUUGUGCGAACUGUCAGACCAGCACCACUACACUGUGGCGGAGAAAUGCUAAUGGGGAUCCAGUCUGUAAUGCCUGUGGGCUUUACUUCAAAUUGCACAAUAUCAAUAGACCACUGACCAUGAAAAAAGAAGGCAUCCAAACUAGAAACCGAAAGAUGUCCAGCAAAUCAAAGAAGAACAAAAAGUCCCAUGACAGUAUGGAUGACUACUCCAAGGGUUUUAUGGACAAGAGCUCAUUCAGCCCUGCUGCUCUCUCCAGACACAUGUCCUCCAUUGGUCACAUUCCUCCUUUCACUCACUCCAGUCACAUGUUGACGACACCAACGCCAAUGCACCCAACAUCAAGCUUGUCAUUCGCGCCUCAUCAUCCCUCCAGUAUGGUCUCAGCCAUGGGUUAGACUGAUUGCAAAAAAAAGUAAAGCCUUCUUUGUAUGUAUAUUUUUGAAACACAAAAUCCCAAGACUCAAAAUAUACUGCCCUCUGAAGGCUUUCAUUCCUCAGAAACAGUUGUCACUGUUUAUGGAGCUCACUGUGGUGUA